AGCUGAGGCGGUCGAGCGGGCGGUGGCGGAGCGUGGACCCUGCGCAGCCCCAGGUCGCUGCGUACCCGCGCGGGCAGAGCCCGGCUCCCCGGGGCGGCAGCGGGGAGGCCGCAGCUCGCCUCGCCGGGACGGGGCGGCGCUGUGCCCGCCAACCAGCCGGGGCGAAGGUGGGGGUUGCUCCGGGAUCCUCGGGGCCCGGAGCCAUGGCUGAGCACAUGAUGAUGUCCAUGAGCCACGGCGGCGCUGGGCUGCAGAGCUACCGGAUGGGUGUGAGCGGGCUGCAGGGACCACCGCAGCACGGGCAGCAUGUGCUGAGGACGCUACCCGCAGCCGGUCAGAUGAUGCCGUAUGGAGGGGCCGGAAUGGAUGGUGCGAUGAGGCCGAGACCCAACCUCAGCGGACAGAUGAGCCACCACCAGAUGCAGAAUGCAAUGAUGUUCAGUGGCCCGAGCCAGCAGCAGCAGUAUAUGGGGCCAGUGGGCACCCAGCAGCUCAUGGCUAGCAUGCACCUACAAAAACUCAACACCCAGUACCAGGGUCACCCACUGGGUAUGAGCAACGGGCCCAUGGGAGCUGGUGCUCAGCAGUACAGAGUGGGGCCAAGCCAGCACCCAGGCAUGCAGCACAUGCCCUCACCAGCACUGACCUUGAAUGUUAUGGACACUGAUCUCAUAGACGAGGAGGUUUUGACAUCCCUUGUCCUGGAACUGGGGUUGGACCGGAUUCAGGAGCUGCCAGAGCUGUUCUUGGGACAAAACGAGUUCGACUUCAUUUCAGACUUUGUUAGCAAACAGCAACCCAGUGCCAUCAGCUGUUGAGGAGUUUUGAGCUCCUCCUUGUGUCUUAGUGGUUUUGAGUUUGUUUGUAACUUCCUUCUCCACCUGCCAUCCUCCUCCCUUCCCAUGCCUUGCCCUGUCCUGGAUUCCUGACCUCCCCAAAGAGACAAUCAUCGGACACUGGCUUGCAAUGGAUUGCUUUUCUCUUCUGUGUGGUUUUUCAUUUGGGAGUUCCUGGGGAGGGGGUGUGUACCCCGAACAGAACAGAUCAAGAGCUCUUGCUGUAGAGCUGCCUCUAAAUGGCAUUAACAGGAUUUCUGGCUUAGUAGAAAUAAUGAACUUAUGACUUUCCACAACUAGGCUUUGAGCACAGGAAGUGAUGGGCAGCUGGCAUCCCCGCUGGUAGCUGGAUUUGCUGGAGGAUUCUCUGGUGCCAGCAAAGUUAAAGGACCCCUGAGAGAGGAUUGUCUCCCUGCCUGGUGCAUGGUUUGAAACAGUUUCCCCUUGCAAACAUGGGUGGGGCUAGAUAUUUCUUGGGGCUUCUUACUGUGACAGUAAAAAGGUCUUCAGUCUUGUCUGUUCAGCUCAGAAAGGGGGCACUUCCUUCCAGCAAGCUUUUUUUCCUAACUGGCUGAGAAAAAUAAACUAUGCCUUGGGGAAGGGUGUGCAUAGGUGCCUGAAUGUUCAUUUCUGUGAAACUUCAGAUCUCUGACCCAUACAGCUAAUCAACUGUAAAAUUUACUGAGUGUUUGGGCUGAUUUAGGCAUAAGGCUUAAAGCUGCAGUCUAGCUCCACUUUUUUUCCACCUCUGAAACCAAAUAAAGACCAUGCAACUGUAUAUUCCAGAUCUAAUCUUAUUUAUUUUUCCUAUGAUUAUUUAUUUGCAAAGGGCUCCUUUUGUUAUUUGGAUUUGGGACUGCUGGGAAUGAUGCAUGGAGAGUACUGCAGCUUUAAGAUGCUGGCUUCAAAAAAAGAAAGCCUGGGAUAGUUUGCAAGCUGCUCUUCAGGCAGUCACUUCAACGCUAGGUCUUUAUGCUGAACACACAGGGCUGUGUAAAUCCAACACCCUUCUGAAUGUGAUAAAGAUGACUUGAUUCCUAAUUCCCUUACUCAGAAAAGGUUAAAUGUAAAAGCUAGUGGGGUUUUGUUUCCUCUGCUGUCUCUUGUUUCCAGGCACUGUGGAAAGCUCCUGUUAACUCCUAGUUGCUGCUGCCCCCUGCUGCUGACAGCUUCUGGCAGCUGUCAUUCAACGACCAAGUGAGAAUGUACAGAUGAAUUUGCAAAUAAAAGCUGAAACAUC